AUCAAAUCAAACGGUCUGACCGAGACACACCCAGCAGGACGCUACCGAAACUGGAUUAACGUCGUCCUCGCGGACUUCGGCGAUACACUGGCGCGCAUGUUCCUGUCUCACUUCAAAAGUAGUACAGCGUCAAGCUAGCGUAAGGCGCUUGGAGCUAUUACACAGGGUCGCCGGGUGUCAGUGCGGCACGAUGGCGCGAGGUCACCCGUGCCUUUCCUGAGCGCUGGCCUUCCUCAGCAGCAAGGGGCGCCCAGAAGCUCCACAAUGACCCCGAGUCAUCGUGCUGUAGAUGCUACCGAGCUGAUUUUGCCUGGCGUGGACGGGGACAGUCACGGCGGGGGUAGCGAGGCGAGCAGCAGUGGAGCCGGCAGAAGCGGGAAUGUCGCAAUGUCUCGGGCUGGUGUGCACUCUCCCGCUGCUGAUGCUGCUCUGACCGCGAGUUCAGGAGGCAUUGCUGUAGCCUCUGGGAGUGUCGGCGGCAGCGGCAGCAGCAGCCCUCGUGGCAAGCCGAGGGGAAGGCAGCAGCAGCUGCUACAUCCGGCGGUGGCCGGCGUCGCCCGGGGGGCUGCAGGCAGCGCAGGCGCUUGUGCUGGCGGCAGCGCUAGCGGGGCAGGUGAAGCGGGCACGCAGUGCCCCACGCGGCCGCGGAGUGGUGCGGCGGCCGGACCGGGCAGCCCCCGAGCAAACCUCCGCAGCCCCAGCCUCGGCCGCUCGUCUGGCGGCCCCGGCUCCUGCCCUGGUGCAGGCCCCAGCCACGGCCCCGCACCCGCCAGCCAUCCGGGCGCAGCAGGACCCUCGUCAGAACAGUAUGCACCGGCGGCGCUGCCGCCUCCGCCGCGACCGGCGCCGGCGCGGCGUCGAGCCACACCCCUUCACUCCUCUUCUGCUGCUGACCACAACGGCCUAGACGGCGGGGGCGGGGGCGGCACUGGGACUAGCUCGGCAGGCGGCUGGGGCCUGGAGCUGUGGGGGCUGCGCUUCCGCGACCCGGCCGCUGAGUCCGCCUACCUGGCGCACCAGAGCCGCCUGUUCCGGCGCAGUGCCGACGUGGCGGCGCUGGCGGCGGUGUGGGGCAUGAUCGUGUUGGGCUGGCUCACACGCGGCGGCCUGUCCGCCUGCCAGCCCAGCCUGGUGAGCAGCAGUGUGGUGUGGCUGCUGCAUGCCGGGGUGGCCUACCUGCUGCAGACACACCCCGAGCAGGCUGUGGCCUGGCGCACGCCCUGUAUGGCGGCCCUGCGGGUGGCCUACGCCCUCGCCUUCGCCCUCACCAACACCGCCUGUCGCGCCAGCGAGUACGCGGCCUGCAGCAGUAGCAGCAGCCUCAGCAGUAGCAUCAGCAGCGGCCUCAGCAGCAUAGGCAGCAGCCUCAGCGGCGUCAGCGCUGCGGCUGUAGCGGCCGCUGCUGGUGGUGUUGGUGGCGGCAGUAGCAGUGGCGGCAGUGGCAGUAGCGGGAGCGGGGGGCAGGAGCAGCCCACGUUCGGGCGCUUCUUCGUGUCGGACACGGCACUGGUGGUGCAGCUGUUCCAGACCAUCGCCAUGCCACUGCCCUACCGCGCGCACCUGGCCACCUCCGCCGCCAUCACUGCGGUGCUGGCCGCGGCACACACGCCCGCCGUGUGCGCGGCCACCCUGGGCAGCGGCUGCUACCGGGGCUGGUUCAGCUCCGUCGCUGGCAUGGAUGGGUAUCUCGGCAGCAGUAGCAGUAGCAGUGGCAGUAGCACCUUUGGCGCCGCGGCCGCAGCGGCAGCGGCUGCAGCCGCCGCCACGGAUGCUGCGGCCACCGAUGGCGCCGCCUUGUCGCAACCGCCGUCGCCGCCGCUCCUGCUGGCGGCGGGCCGCCGCCACCAACGCCUCGCCAAGCUGCUGUGGCAGCUGCUGCGGUGGCUGGUGGCGGCGGCGGCCUGGCUGCGGCGCAGCUGGGGAGGCGGCGGCGGCGCGGCGCCAGCAGGCAACGGCAGCAGUAGCGAGCACGGGGCGCAGCCGGCAGGCGGGCUGGAGGGAGACGCGCUGGGCGGCUUUGGGCCGCUGCAGGGCUGCUGGGGCAUCGUGCUGUUUGCACAGGUGGUCGCGGGCUUCCUGCUCACCUCGUGUGUCAUGUGGGCGGCGGAGGAGGCGGCGCGCCGCCGCUUCAGCAGGUCAGCCGCCGCCCGAGCCGCGGCGGCAGCGGCAGCGGCUGCAGGCGCCGCGGGCGGGGCUGUGGGCUCCAGGGCGCCGUGGCUGCAGCAGUCGCAGCAGCGGCACACCGCCGCGGCAGCGACUGCGGGUGGCGCUGCGGCGGGUGUUAGCAGCCUGGGGGCAGGAGGCAGCCGCGGCGGCGCUGGCGGCGUGGGGGCGGCGGGGGUGACCUCGGAGCAAUUGACACAGCGGUUGGCGGCGGCGGGUCGCCGGCCCGCCGACGCAUUCUAGCAUUGACCAGGUUCCGCAUUGUGUAUCGUGUGGCUGCAGUGUGGCUGCGGUGUGGCUGUCAUACACGGAUUUGUUCUUGGCUUCUUUUGGACGGUCAUGUCGGGUGUUCGCAUGGGCAGCCCUCAUGGCGAGGAGGGGUUCGCCUAGGGGCGGCGCACGACACGUGCCGCACUGCUGCUGCCCCGCGCAUCUCACCUCUGUUCGUGUUGCCACAGCAUGUUGGGCCGUUGGGGCAUUACUGGGCCGCAGGUCGGCGUGUCCAGGCCUGCAGUGGCCGAGGUGCCACCUUCUACUUUCCCUCCUGUAUGAUGAAUUGCAAUGACCGCAUCGUGGCCUCACCCCAAUCGAAGCCUCCCACUACCGCAAUGACACGGGACAAGAGUUCAUAAGCAGCUGUGGCAUGGUGCUCCGAGCAGACCAACCUCCUGCAGAGCCAGGGGGUGUGACUUUGACCACUUGCGCAGGCAUCUGAAGUGGAGAGUCCCAUCCCUUCGUGCUGGUCGCCGGGGGGGGGUGCCUUGGGGAACAAAGCUGCGCAGGGCCGCACUGUCUGGGGAGAGGUCAGCGUCCCUGAACUUUGGGAGCGUGUCGUGUCACAAAUGCAAGUCCAACG